GUUUCAAUGAGUACUGGAUUUUGAGGGGGUGAGAAGGUUUGGUGAUGUCCUAGGUUUUGCAAGGAGUUCUGUCUUAACCAUCCGCAACAAUGGGUCGAAUACCCGCAACUCUCAUUUUCACUCUACUAUUUUCUUCUACACUUCAGAUCACCCUUUGUGAAAAUGUAUUUCUUAACAGCAAGGAGGCCUCACAGGUUUUUAUCCGUGCUAAACGGGCAAAUUCCUUCCUCGAGGAGUUGAAACCUGGGAACUUGGAACGGGAGUGCAUCGAGGAGAUCUGUGACCAUGAAGAAGCCCGUGAAGUCUUUGAAAAGCCUGACAAGACGAAGGCCUUUUGGACCACCUAUUUGGCUUGCAAAGGCACUUCACUGCUGAGAGCCAAGGACAGUAUAAAAAAAUUGAGAGGGUGUAUUGAUGCCAGUGGUAAUAAUUAUGGCCUGAUUACACUGCACAUUUCAAAUACAGUGGCUUGCGAAAGAGAGUGCUCAGUGGGCAAUGGUGUGAACUACAAUGGUACCAUCUCCACUACUUCCUCAGGCAAAACAUGCCAGUACUGGCGCAGUAACUUCCCACACAGAAUUACGGAGUUCAAUUCUUCGCUGGAUGAGACCCUGUAUGAGAACUAUUGCAGGAACCCAGACAAAACUCCUGAAGGACCUUGGUGCUUCACCAGAGAUCCCACAGUCAGGAGAGAGCAAUGCACCGUCCCAAAAUGUGGUGAGCCUUGGGUACCCCCAAAAGUAUCUGCUACAGUGGAUGGGAAAGCCAAGUACACUAAGAAGGACUGCCUGGCCAACAAUGGCUUGGAUUAUACAGGUGAUCUCUCAGUUACCAUGAAUGGCAAAACGUGUCUGCCUUGGGCCUCCCCAAAGGCAUUGGCACUCAGCAAAGGAAAGAAUUUCAUCCCAGAGGUCAAACUUGUGACGAACCACUGUAGAAACCCUGACGGAGAUAUGGAGGGACCCUGGUGCUAUGUGGACAAGCAUGGAAAUACCACUGUGGACUACUGUGACCUUGAGAUGUGUGAUGACCCAAUAGAUAACUAUGAGGAGGCGGCUGGUGGAAGGGAAAGGACAACACUCUCUGGGCCCAGACAAUCCUUCUUCAGCCCUCGGAGCUUUGGCAGUGGAGAGUUGGUGUGCGGAGAGCGACCCAUGUUUGAGAAGAUAAGUAAGAAGGAUGGUAGAGAGCAAGAACUGAUUGACUCCUACCAAGGAGGCCGUAUUGUUAAAGGGAUUGACGCAGAAGUGGCCAGUGCACCAUGGCAGGUGAUGUUGUACAAGAAAAGCCCACAGGAGCUGCUGUGUGGGGCCAGUCUAAUCAGUGAUGAGUGGAUCCUCACUGCAGCCCACUGCAUCCUCUAUCCACCAUGGAACAAAAACUUCACCAUCAAUGACAUCCUGGUCCGCCUUGGCAAACAUAACAGAGCUAAGUUUGAGAAGGGCACAGAGAAGAUUGUGGCUAUUGAUGAGAUAAUUGUCCACCCCAAGUACAACUGGAAGGAGAAUCUGAACCGGGACAUUGCUCUGCUGCACAUGAGGAGGCCCAUUACUUUCACAGAUGAGAUUCAUCCUGUCUGUCUACCAACCAAGCAGGUUGCUAAGACACUGAUGUUUGCUGGCUAUAAAGGCCGUGUGACAGGCUGGGGGAACCUAUAUGAGACAUGGAGUUCCUCCCCCAAGUCUCUACCCACAGUUCUCCAGCAGAUCCAUCUACCCAUCGUUGAACAGGAUAUCUGCAGAGACUCUACCUCUAUCCGCAUCACUGACAAUAUGUUCUGUGCCGGCUUCAAACCAGAGGAACAGAAAACUGGUGACGCUUGUGAAGGGGACAGCGGUGGUCCCUUUGUCAUGAAGAGCCCAGAUGACAACCGUUGGUACCAGAUCGGCAUUGUGUCCUGGGGAGAAGGAUGUGACAGGGAUGGGAAAUAUGGAUUCUACACUCAUCUUUUCCGUAUGAGACGAUGGAUGAAGAAAGUUAUUGACAAAACAGGCGGCGAUGACGAUGAUUGAUUGUUAUUUCUUCUCAUUUUUCUCUACAUGCAAAGGAAACUGUUGUAAUAUUGGAAAUAAACAUGCGUUCCUGAUCAUGA